UCUUCCCCCAGAGCCUCCUCGCCGGCCAACGCCCCGGCCGCCGCAACUGGCGCUAGCGUCAACCGUCCCUCGUCGCCGACACCUCCCGGUGGUGCCCGUACCGCCAUCCGCCGCAGGGCGGCCGCAGACCAGAAGGAGAAGAUCGCUAAUGCCCGGCCAAGCAGCACCCGCGCUGCCGGCGCUGGCGGCAGCAGCAGCACGAUGUUGAGGCUUUACACUGAUGAGUCGCCCGGUCUGAAGGUCGACCCUGUCGUUGUUCUCGUGCUUUCUCUGGUGUUUAUUUUCAGCGUUGUUGCUCUUCACAUUAUCGCCAAGAUCACGCGCAAAUUCUCUAGCUAG